GUUUGUAGUUUGAGAGCGCUUUGGCCGCAGUAGCAUGAGGGAAAGCGAGUGCCAUCAGGGCUGUCUGGAAUCAUGGGGGUUCAGGGACUCACAAGUUACGUGGAAGGAAACAGGCAGUUUUUUAAGGAGCUGAAGUUAAGAAACACCACGCUGGUCAUUGACGGCUGCAGCUUGUACUUCCGCCUGUACUUCACCUCAGGCUUGGACCAGCAGCACGGGGGCGACUACGACUCCUUUGCAGACCUCGUCCGACAGUUUUUCGAUGCCCUCUCCGUCUGCGACAUACGCGCCGUUGUUGUCCUGGACGGCGGGAUCGACUACACUGACAAGAAGUUUGCUACGCUGAAGCAGCGGGCCCAGAGCAAGAUCAAGGAGGCCCACGCCCUGUCAAGGGGGGGGCACGGUUCCGUCCUGCCUCUGCUCACCAGAGAGGUCUUCAAGCAGGUCCUCACCAGCCUUCAGGUGCCCUUCAUCCAGUGCGUUUCGGAGGCCGACUGGGAGAUCGCCUCCCUGGCCAACCAGUGGAACUGCGCCGUGCUGACGAUGGACAGCGACUUCUACAUUUUCGACCUGAAGGGCGGCUACUUCCCCUUCACGUUCUUCAACUGGCAGAACGUGGGCGUCUGCAAGGGCUCGUCGGAGCGGUACAUCCCGGCCUGGCGCUUCUCCGUCAACAAGUUCUGCGCACACUUCAACCACAUGAACAAGGAGCUCCUGCCCCUCUUUGCCGUCAUCGCCGGGAAUGACUACACCAACCUGCGGGCCAUGGAGACCUUCUUCAGCCGCGUCCACUUCCCGCCGUCAGCCCGGCCAGCGCACGGGAGGACGCAGGCCCGCAUCGACGGCCUGCUCCACUGGCUGGCCCAGUUCCCGGGGCCUGAGGAGGCCCUGGACGAGGUGCUGAGGGUGGUGGGGAGUGGGCCCCGAGGCCCCAUCCGGAACCUUCUCUCCUCGGGGAUGCGGGAGUACAGGCUCUCUGGCAGCAGCCUGGCCCGCUUCUUCACGGACGGCGCCGCAUUGUCCGCGGCGGUCGACCUCCCGGAGCCCGUGAGGGCGCUGCCCGACUGGCUCCUCCAGGCGCUGUCCAGGGGCCAGCUGCCCUCGCUUGUCAUCGACGUGCUGGUCCUGCAGAGGGCCCUGCUGAUCGUGCAGGUGGAGAACUGCCGGCUUCCCAGCAGCCACGCCGCCUCCCUGCCCCUCCGUCAGGUCCUCUACGGUCUCCUGCUGGAGGGGAGGCCGAAAACGCACCUGGGGCCAGCCGGCAGGGGACCGGGGAGGUCGGGGAGGCCGGCGAACCCGGCGGACAGCGGCUCGGCGCGCUGCGUGCAGGAGUUUGACAGGCAUGAUCUUGACCUGAGGCAGUCGUCCGUUCAGACAGCUCUGCCAAGAUCCCCCCAGCAGCUGUCUCUGGAGACACUGAACAAGGUGCCUUUACCGGCGCGGCUCCAGGUUCUCCUGGAGAGUCUGGGAGUGGACGAGCGCGCCGCCGGAGCCGUCCCCCCUCACCUCAGCUUGCCGGCGUGCGUCACCUGCUUCUGGCUGAGCAGCUGCAAGCCCAAACCAGCCCUGCAGCUCCUGCAGGCCCUGCUGCUGUGGAUUGUGUUCGGGGAGCUGUGCAGGCUGAGGGGCGGUCAGAGAGGCGCAGCAGGGCCAGCAGCCGGGCAUCCAGACAUGAGGGCCGUCUAUGACAGGCUGUCCAAGCUACGGGUCAACAAGGGCGAGAGGAAGGGGCUGGACCUGGAGGUGGCUCACGCCUACAGCCAGUGGCAGUCCUGCAUGUGGAUGGGCUUCUACCUGAACCAGCUGCUGUGCUGCCCUCUCCCAGAGCCAGAGUGUGCCUGGCUGUACAGCGGGACCUUCGUGCACCGCGCCGUGAGGGAGAUGAGGGCGGGUAGCAACCCGGAGGCGCUGCUGGCGGGACCCCCUCUUCCCGGUCGCCUCUACAACGACAUCCUGGGGGCGGUGGUGAGCUGCGUGGGCGUGGACUUCUUCUCCGCCCCCGCCAAGAAGAACAGGAGAGGGCGGAGGCCGGCGCAGCAGGGCCGGGGGCGGAGGAAGGGGAGCGGGGCCACACCCUCUCACAGAACCCCGCCCACCCAGGACAUGGUCAACAGGUUUGGACUGCUGGUGUGUGAGGAUGAGGACGAGGAGGAAGACGAAGAAGAGUAAGAGAUGUAGCCACAGCAUGGAUCUGCACUGUGAUCAGCACACUAAAAUUCCAUUUUUAAUUAAAGCUCAGGAAACGCUUAGCUUCUGUGUCAUACUUCAGAAUAUAUUUUAAUAGAACAGUGAGAAAAGAUUUUAUCUUUUUUUUCUACCUAAACAGAUGUAUAGUGGAAUUGAGCCCUUAAAAGAAUUUGUGUCCAUUUCUGUUUAUAAAGGUUAUAUUUUAAAACCUUAACUAUUGGAACCUUGUGGCAGCUAAUUGCAGUACUGCAGGAAACGCCUUGGAAACCACAUGUAUAAAAAGAGUAAGGCUAUUUAUAAAUCACUGACAAAAUGCCUUGCACUAACAUGCUGUUAGAAAUAGAUAUUGUACAGGGGACCACGAAAUUCAAAGUUUAACAGUAAAUUUGGGCUUUUAUCACAUGUAUUUUUGUACUAUUUUUUGUAUUUGUUGGGGACUGAUGCACUUUCCUGUUUAAAUGUCAUAAGCAGCUUUGCAUAUAAAUGUUUUGAUUUUAAUGGUAAAAACGUUAUAACAGAGCAGAAAAACUGCAAAUGUUGCACCUGUUAAAUAUAUUCAUGCGGACUGCCAAAGCUGCAGAAUUUCUAUGAAGCCAGUGUCUUGUCUAAUGCA